AUGGAUUUCAUGAAAGCAAACUUUUACAUACAAAACGAAGAUAUGGAGAAAUACGACACAAUACAGCAAACAAGUUUCGAAUCAAACGUAUACCAAGAAUCAAGUGCUUUUAAUCCAGAAAUGUUCCCCAGUUACUUGUCAGUGUUCUACGACUGUAGAGCGGAGAGAGCUGAGGCAUCCGAGGGUCUGGGAGGUGUUGUGCCUGAUGCAUGGGAUUGGAGACAUUGGGAUAAUCAAGUUUGUGUAAAACAAGAAGCUGAACUCGAAACAGGAGGGAUGUCUAGUCUUAGCGAAGAAGAAGUCAGAUCAACAACGAGCCGCAAGGAGCGUACAGCUUUCACCAAGGCACAGAUUAAAAGUCUAGAAGCAGAAUUUGCGCGGGCCAAUUACCUCACCCGUCUGCGUCGGUACGAGAUCGCCGUUGCUCUACAUCUUACUGAGAGACAGGUAAAGGUGUGGUUCCAGAACAGGCGCAUGAAGUGGAAGAGGACCAAGGGUGUGUCAAAACACGCUAAGAAGAAAGAUUAA